CACCCCACUGAUGGGGACACCCCACUGAUUGACGGGGACACCCCCCAGGUGUCCGUGGGCGAGGGCAGCCACCCGGGCCGCGUGCGGGUGCACGGCCCCGGGGUGGAGAAGACGGGGCUGAAGGCGGGCGAGCCCACCUACUUCACCGUGGACUGCAGCGAGGCCGGGCAAGGGGACGUCAGCAUCGGCAUCAAGUGCGCGCCGGGCGUGGUGGGGCCGCUGGAAGCUGACAUCGAUUUCGAUAUCAUCAAGAACGACAACGACACCUUCACCGUCAAGUACACGCCGCCCGGCGCCGGGCUCUACACCAUCAUGGUGCUCUUCGCCAACCAGGAGAUCCCCAGCAGCCCGUUCCGCAUCAAGGUGGACCCGUGCCACGACAGCAGCAAGGUCAAGGCGGAGGGACCCGGCCUGAGCCGCACGGGCGUGGAGGUGGGCAAGCCGACGCACUUCACGGUGCACACCAAGGGCGCGGGCAAGGCCAAGCUGGACGUGCAGUUUGCGGGGCCGGGGAAGGGGCCGGCCGUGCGCGACUUCGAGGUCAUCGACAACCACGACUACUCCUACACCGUCAAGUACACGGCCCUACAGCAGGGUAAUAUGACCGUGGUGGUGACCUAUGGGGGGGACCCCGUCCCCAAAAGCCCCUUCAGCGUCAACGUGGCGCCGGCCCUACAGCUCAACAAGGUCAAGGUGCAGGGGCUCAGCACCAAGGUGGCCGUGGGGCAGGAGCAGGCGUUCGGGGUGGAGACGCAGGGGGCGGGGGGCCAGGGCCGGCUGGACGUGCGCAUCUCCUCGCCCUCGCGCCGCCCCCUCCCCUGCAAAGUGGAACCGGGGGCGGGCGGGGGUCCCCACCGCGUGCAGUACGUGCCCCCCGAGGAGGGACCCUACAAAGUGGACGUCACCUACGACGGCCACCCCGUCCCCGGCAGCCCCUUCACCGUGGAGGCCGUGCUGCCCCCCGACCCCUCCAAGGUGAGCGCCUACGGUCCGGGUCUUCAGGGCGGCCUGGUGGGCACCCCGGCCCCCUUCACCAUCGACACCAAAGGGGCCGGCACGGGGGGUUUGGGGCUGACGGUGGAGGGCCCUUGCGAGGCCAAAAUCGAGUGCCAGGACAACGGCGACGGCUCGUGCUCGGUGUCCUACCUGCCCACGGAGCCCGGCGAGUACUCCAUCAACAUCCUCUUCGCCGAGCGCCACAUCCCCGGCAGCCCCUUCAAGGCCGACGUCCGUCCCGUUUUCGACCCCAGUAAGGUGACGGCCAGCGGGCCCGGGCUGGAGCGCGGCAAAGCCGGCGAGGCGGCCACCUUCCUGGUGGACUGCUCCAAGGCGGGCGACGCCGAGCUCACCAUCGAGAUCAUUUCGGAUUCGGGGGUGAAGGCGGAGGUGCUGAUCCAGAACAAUCGGGACGGCACCUACGCCAUCACCUACACCCCCGCCUGCCCCGGUUCCUACACCAUCACCAUCAAGUACGGCGGGCACCCCGUGCCCAAAUUCCCCGUCCGCGUCACCGUCGACCCCGCCAUCGACACCAGCGGCGUCAAGGUCUACGGCAAGGGCGUGGAGCCCCGAGGGGUGCUGCGGGAGGUCAGCACCGACUUCACGGUGGACGCGCGGGCGCUCACCAAAACCGGGGGGCCCCACGUCAAGGCCCGGGUGCUGAACCCCUCGGGUGCCAAAACCGAAACCUACAUCACCGACCACGGCGACGGCACCUACCGCGUGGACUACACCCCCUACGAGGACGGCGUGCACCACGUGGAGGUGACCUACAAGGACGUGGCGGUGCCGCUCAGCCCCUUCCGCGUGGCCGUGGCCGAGGGCUGCGAGCCCACCCGUGUGCGUGCCCACGGCCCCGGCCUGGAGGGGGGCUUGGUGGGCACGGCCAACUGCUUCACCGUGGAGACCAGGGGCGCGGGCACCGGGGGGCUGGGCCUGGCCAUCGAGGGUCCCUCGGAGGCGAAGAUGUCCUGCAAGGACAACAAGGACGGGAGCUGCACGGUGGAGUACAUCCCCUUCACGCCCGGCGACUACGACGUCAACAUCACCUUCGGUGGCCACCCCAUCCCCGGGAGCCCGUUCCGGGUGCCGGUGCAGGACGUGGUGGAUCCCAGCAAGGUGAAGUGCUCGGGGCCGGGGCUGGGCCCCAGCGUCCGCGCCCGCCUGCCCCAAACCUUCACCGUGGACUGCAGCGCCGCGGGGCUGGCACCGCUCGAGGUCACGCUGCUGGGACCCACCGGCCUGGCGGAGCCGGUGGAGGUGCGUGACAAUGGGGACGGCACCCACAAGGUGACCUACACCCCGGCCACCGACGGGCCCUACACCGUGGCCGUCAAGUACGCCGACCAGGAGGUGCCGCGCAGCCCCUUCAAGAUCAAGGUCCUGCCGUCCCACGAUGCCAGCAAGGUGCGCGCCAGCGGCCCGGGGCUGAGCGCCAGCGGCAUCCCCGCCAGCCUCCCCGUGGAGUUCACCAUCGACGCGCGCAACGCCGGCGAGGGGCUGCUGACCGUGCAGAUCCUGGACCCCGAGGGGCAGCCCAAGAAGGCGGCGAUCCGGGACAACGGGGACGGGACCUACACCGUGUCCUACGUGCCCGACCUGCCGGGGCGCUACACCAUCACCAUCAAGUACGGGGGCGACGAGAUCCCCUGCUCGCCCUUCCGCAUCCACGCCGUGCCCUCCGGCGACGCCAGCAAGUGCCUCGUCACAGUAUCCAUUGGGGGCCACGGACUGGGUGCCUGCUUGGGUCCCACCAUCCAAAUCGGAGAGGAGACGGUGAUCACGGUGGACGCCAAAGCGGCCGGGCAGGGCAAGGUGACCUGCAAGGUGUCGACGCCCGACGGGGCCGAGCUGGACGUGGACGUGGUGGAGAACCACGACGGCACCUUCGACAUCUACUACACCGCCCCCGAGCCCGGCAAAUACGUCAUCACCAUCCGCUUCGGGGGCGAGCACGUCCCCAACAGCCCCUUCCACGUCCUGGCCACCGAGGAGCCCCCCGCCACCGCCGAGAGCCUUCGUCCCUUCAACCUCGUCAUCCCCUUCACCGUGCAGAAGGGCGAGAUCACAGGCGAGGUGCGGAUGCCCUCGGGGAAGACGGCGCGCCCCAACAUCACGGACAACAAGGACGGGACGGUGACGGUGCGCUACGCCCCCACCGAGAAGGGGCUGCACGAGAUGGACAUCCGCUACGACGGCAACCACAUCCCCGGGAGCCCCCUCCAGUUCUACGUGGACGCCAUCAACCCGCGGCACGUCAGCGCCUACGGGCCGGGGCUGAGCCAUGGCAUGGUCAACAAGCCCUGCACCUUCACCAUUGUCACCAAGGACGCUGGGGAGGGUGGGCUCUCGCUGGCGGUGGAGGGUCCUUCCAAGGCAGAGAUCACCUGCAAGGACAACAAGGACGGGACCUGCACCGUGUCCUACCUGCCCACGGCCCCUGGGGACUACAACAUCAUCGUCCGCUUUGAUGACAAGCACAUCCCGGGCAGCCCCUUCACCGCCAAGAUCACCGGGGACGACUCCAUGCGCACGUCCCAGCUGAACGUGGGCACCUCCACGGACGUCUCGCUGAAGAUCACGGAGACCGACCUGAGCCUGCUGACCGCCAGCAUCCGUGCGCCCUCGGGCAACGAGGAGCCCUGCCUGCUCAAGCGGCUGCCCAACCGCCACAUCGGCAUCUCCUUCACACCCAAGGAGGUGGGCGAGCACGUGGUGAGCGUGAAGAAGAGCGGGCAGCACGUCACCAACAGCCCCUUCAAGAUCCUGGUGGGGCAGUCGGAGAUCGGGGACGCCAGCCGGGUGAAGGUGUGGGGCAAGGGGCUGGUGGAGGACACCUUCGAGGUGGCCGAGUUCAUCGUGGACACGCGUAGCGCCGGCUACGGCGGGCUGGGCCUGUCCAUCGAGGGCCCCAGCAAGGUGGACAUCAACUGCGAGGACGUGGAGGACGGCACCUGCAAGGUCACCUACUGCCCCACCGAGCCCGGCAACUACAUCAUCAACAUCAAAUUCGCCGACAAACACGUCCCAGGGAGCCCCUUCACGGUGAAGGUGACGGGCGAGGGGCGGAUGAAGGAGAGCAUCACGCGCCGGCGCCAGGCCCCCUCCAUCGCCACCAUCGGCAGCACCUGCGACCUCACCUCAAGAUCCCAGGUAGGGCACGCGCCUUCCUCCUCCUCCUCCUCCUCCUCCUCCUCCUCCUCCUCCUCCUCCUCUUCCUGCUCCUGCGCCUCCGCGGCGGGGACGGGGACAGGGACAGGACAAGGACAGGGCAGGGACAGGGCAAGGAGAGGGACAGGACAGGGGCAGGGCAGGGACAGGGACGCGUCUCGGCCGCUCCGGCUCUGAUCUCCGCCGCCUUCUUCCU